GUACUGCUAUGUGGAUAUUUGUUAGCAAUGACUGAUGUGGAAUCUACAUAUGCAGAUUUUAUUGCUUCAGGAAGAACAGGUAGAAGAAAUGCAUUACAUGAUAUCCUGGUGUCCUCUACAAGUGGGAACUCUAGUGAACUAUCCUUAAAGUUAUCAGAACUUGAUAUAAACAAAACAGAAAGUGAAGGAGAUGCACAAAGAAACCCAACUGAACAAGCUGGGGAGACCCAGGGGGAAGCAGCAAAACAGGAAAGCUGACCUUCAACUUUGACGGACAGGAGCAGCUGCUGCAUGUUUUCAGACUGCAAGAGUUUGCUGGAACAAAUUUGUUUCCAUGAGCAAGUUGGUGGGGAAAAAAAAUGGAUGUGUUUCAUUGCUGGAACUUGCUCAACAUAAUGCUAAAAAUGGGAACACAGGUUGUGACAGCAGAUGGAAUUUGCUCUACCUCUGUCAUUAGCAAUGGUUGAAAUAUUAUUAAUCGUGGGACAUUGACAUCAAUUAGAUGGAUCUUUUCAUAACUACUUGAUGGGGAUGCUUGUAGAAAGUAGAACAAAGUAGACAAUUCUUGUAGAAAAAGGUCUUUGAAGCAUCAGAGGAUUUAAUUGUGUUAUGUGGCAAAGGUUUGAGUGAUCCUCAGAGUUUAACAUUCUCUGGAAAGUUGAUCACCGAGUAAAAGAACUACGUAGAAAGCACUGUUUUUAGAACUCUGCACCUGUAAUUUACAGCUCUGUUGUUUACAAUGUUUUGUAUUGUACUACUUAGAUGCUCCACCUGCCCUGUUUCAAAUGCUCAUUAAAAAAUUUUCUGUUACUGUGAAUUUUUCUACCACUUGUUUGAAAGGGCUGUUUUUUUUUCUUUGCAUAAUGUGGUGGUGUGCAUGUGACAAAUUAAAAUGUCAACCGCUAAAUUGAUUAUGCCUAAAAUUAAUGACUCAUCAACACUCCAUUUUAUUACUAGAUGAGCCUUUAGAAUGAUUCACUAAUGUGAAUAUUUCCUCAGUUCUGUAUGUUUUUUGUGUUUGUGGUACAGUUUGGCCACUUUGACUGUAGUUAGUUGCAGAUCAGGGUUUCAAACCAAAUCUUUACAUUGGUUUUCUUUUUUUUCCCUAUAGUUCUUUCUCAGAUUUAUUUAUCUUGUUCUAAGCUUUUUUUAAAUGAGAGAGUCCAAUAAUUUUAUUGUUGUUGUUUUAGAGUAAACUUAUAACAAGUAUGGUUUGAAAAACAUUUGGAAAUAAUGAGGCUGUUGGUGCUGGUGAAGCUGUGGUUCCUGCUAUUAAACCUAAUUCUAGUCUACAAUGUAGAGAAAUUGACCAGGUUGGCUAUUCCAAUAUAACGGUUCUGGAAUAACUAUUCCAAUAUAAUUGUAGCUAUUCUGAAAUAACUCCCCUCUGUGGACUUUCAGUUCUGGAAUUAGUGAUUCGAUUCUGAACUAAUUUAUCUGGUUUUCUGAACAGACUAAUUAAUUAUUCUGGUAUAAAGUCACUAUGAUUCCAGGUUACUGUCUCCACCCAGGUAAGUUACUUUGGAAUAAUAUUACAAAAUAAGGUGUUUUGCAGUAGCUAUGAUGGUCAAUUUUUCCCUUGGCAAAAAGGCCAUAGAUUUACACUAUUGCUUAGUACUGGGUCAAUUCCAUGUCUCCCUGACCUAGGUAAAUGAGAAGAAUGACAAAUACUGUAGCAACUGCAUGGGAACCUAUCACAGAGUAAAAAGAAAAGAAGGCUUUUUUUUAAUUGACAGUGUCACUUUUUUCCCUUGAUUUCAAAUGUGCACUUUUUAAUGUAAAUUAUUACUGAUUACUAGUGUGAUUGCUUUCUGGUAUAUUAGUCAUUAGUUAAUGAAACAUUCUUUAUUGUUAUUGCCACAGCUGUUGUUUCUACAAUAUGUAUCCUGAUAUUUGUCACAUGGAAUUUUUGUGAGACAUGUAAACUCUCUGAUCAGUAUUCUGAGCUCAUUUAUUAGUGUUAAUAAAUAACAAAACAGCA